AUGUCUGUUUGCUUAGGUGUUACCAAAACAAUUGCUGUUACCUCUUUGGGUAUUUACACUGGUAUGGUUACCAGUGGUGCCAUCAUUGCAUUUGCCACUCCAUGGGAUAUAUUAAUGUGUAAAUUAUCGAAAACCCUUCGCAAAUUAAGUGCCAUUGCUGUUAGUUUUAGUACUCUAUCCACUAUAUUUUUUGGUUUAAGUUAUUUCUAUGCCCCUAAGACCGCUCAACAUCCUUAUUUGUUGUACGGUUUAGCUGUUGGACCAGUUUCUUGCGUUUAUUCUUUGGCAUUGAAAGUAUUAUUUAAAUGUAAGAAAACCUGUGGAUCUGCCCGUACUAAUGUUUGUCCAGCUUCUGGUGCAGUCGGUGGUGUUUGUCCAGUAACUGCUGGAAGACAAGAUGAUGGUGUUUUAGAAUCUUGCCCUGCUGGUUUUUCCACUAAAGAUUUAGAAGAAGGUUCUGCUCCCGACGAGAAAAAGAUUAAGGAAGCUGUUGAUAAGCAUCUUUCUAUUGAAAAGCGUUUACAUGAAUUGGAACCUAAAUUAGCCAAGUGCCAUACUAGUAUUGCAUUGUAUUUGACCUCCUUAGCUAUUAUCAGUGUUGCCGGCUUGGCUCAAUCCGUAUUUGGUGUUUAUGGAGAGGGUUUGUUCAUUUAG